AUGACGUCAAACAGCGUCAAAGAACAGCACAUCGUUAUAAAGUUUUACACAAAAUUCGGAAAGUCUUUUUCCGAUAUUCGUGAAGAUUUGCAAAAAGUUUACGGAGAGGUUGCUCUGUCAAAAGGUGCCAUUUCAACGUUGAUGAAGCGAUUGAAAGACGGUAGAGAGGCAAUUGAAGACGACAGUCGUGUAGGUAGACCAGUGACUUUAACAGAUGAAGAAACAGUGGCUGCCAUUCAGGAGCGAAAUAUAUAUAACACACGUUACACUACUCAGUAUCAGAUAGACGGUUACACAACUCAGUAUCAGACAGAUGAUUACACAACUCGGUAUCAGACAGAUGAUUACACAACUCGGUAUCAGACAGAUGGCUACACAAAACAGUAUCAGACAGAUGAUUACACAACUCGGUAUCAGACAGAUGGUUACACAAAACAGUAUCAGACAGACGGUUACACAACUCGGUAUCAGACAGAUGGUUACACAACUAAGUAUCAGACAGAUGGUUACACAACUCAAUAUCAGACAGAUGGUUACACAACUCAAUAUCAGACAGAUGGCUACACAACUCAAUAUCAGACAGAUGGUUACACAACUCAAUAUCAGACAGAUGGUUACACAACUCAGUAUCAGACAUAUGGUUACACAACACAGUAUCAGACAGAUUGUUACACAACAUAG